UUGUGUUUUAUUUUGCACUGCAGGAAAUAUUAAUCAAACUGGUGUUGGUUUAUUCAUUUUAAGAAUGACCUUUAUAUGUUUUUUUUUUUGUAAAUGAACUCUUCAUACAAAACAAUAAUGAAGAUGGAAGGUAAUAGCUGUCUGUAAAAAAAAAAGAAGAUUUUUAACACGUCUCAACCAGGUGUAAUAGAGAUACUGGUGUGUUGAUGAGGAUCAUUAGUGUUUUAUUUAGAGCCUAUCCAGUGUGCCAUGAUGGGGUUGCGCAUUUUACGCACGCAUUUGACCCAUGGAUGUACAUAAAAAACUAUCUUUUGUUCCUCAUUCAUGAAGCGACGUCAGUAAACCGAGGAUGUGUCACUGUAAACGGUAACCCUCCUCCUCCUCUUCCUCCUCCUCCUCCUCCUCCUCCAUACAGCAGGUGACUGGCCCUUUAAGGGGUUAUGUAGCCGGGCUGUAGGACGAGCCGAGCUGAGCUUCUCUCUGCUCUCCAUCAUGGCCUCCUCCUCCACGCAGCCACCGAGGAGGAUGAACCGACCAGCCAGCGGCCCUUCCCUUCUUCCCGGAGCGGAGACGGACGUGAAGCCGAAGCAGAGGCACCGGUAGAGGCGAGGCGAGGCGAGGAAGAGCCGCCUCACUCUCUGAACACUAACACACCUCUCUCCUCUCUCCAUGCCAGCCCGGUCUCCUCCAUGCCUCCGUCUAAAGCCAAGUACAGCUAUUCGAUAAAGAGGAGUGGAGGCGGCUCCAGCAGCAGAACCAGAAACAGAAACAUGACAACCAACAGGGAUUAUUCUGUGAACCUGUCGGUGCAGCAGGUGCUGAGCCUUUGGGUGCAAGGCACGACGCUGCAGCACUUCACAGAGAUGUGGUACUGGGUGUUCCUGUGGUGUCUCUUCUCCUCGCUCUUCGUCCACGGGGCGGUGGGGCUGCUCAUGUUGGUCAUGCUGCAGCGCCACAAGAGGGGCCGCCUCAUCACCGUGGUGCUGGUCAGCGUGGGUUUCCUGGCCUCCCUCUCCGGAGGCGUCAUCACCAGCGCAGCGGUGGCGGGGGUGUACCGCGUCGCAGGGAAGGACAUGGCACCGCUGGAGGCUCUGGUGUUCGGCGUGGGCCAGACCACCCUCUCCAUCAUCAUAUCCUUCUCACGCGUCCUCGCCACUCUGUGAAGCAGAACCUCACCCCCCCCCCUGGACGAGUUGAAGCACAGAGGCUGAGACGAGAACGAAUGAAGCGAGCCAAUCGGAGACUUUUAAGGUGGUUUGACGGAGGAGAAGGAGGCAGAGAUGCUCUGGACCUUUUGGGGCUGGAUGCAGGAGACAGACAGCGCCCCCCGGUGUUCCUGCUCUGUUACUGCCACAAUCACACUGCAACUCAGAGGGAACUCGACGCAGGCCGGUUGUUCUUUGCGUCGGAGACAGCAGCACCGGGGCGGAGACGGCGCCAUCCUCAGCUUCUUGACUUGAAAGCCAUGUUUCCGGGUGUUUCCAUCACUUCUUUGUGCCAACAGCCUUCUCUGGGACAUCCAGAUGCCUUUUAUGGCCACUGACACUUGAAGGCUUUCUGUUGCACCUGUGGGGGGGGAAACAAAACCCUCUUUUUAAAAUAGAAAAACAGCAGAGUAACGACCUGUAAUGGUGACCUCCUUCGGUGAUCAGCGCGAGAACAAAGGUUGAGCAAUGAGCGGUGUUUAGGAAGUGACAACCCGACAUUUGUUCAUCAGCAAAAACACCAUUUUUUCUUCAGUAUUAAACAUCACCUCUACUGUAGGUCUCCAAGAACAGAUUGUUAUGAUCAUUCCUUUUCCUUAAAAGGUUUUAAAGCUGCACCAUCCAACACGCGAGCGAGAUGCAGCUUUGAAAUUUAGCACUUUGUAAACGUUUGAGACGCUCUUUACCUGAGAAGGUGUGAAGGUGUGGUCGGUAGACGUGGAGGAGAAAAACCAGCAUCGGCGCUACGUUUGGUUUGAUUCAUUGUGUGCCAACGAGAACUCCGACUGGAGUUAUUUCCACGCAUUGGGAAAUGGCCGUAUUCACUUUCUUGCUGAGCGUUAGAUGCAGAGAUUCCACUCUCAUGUCUGUAUGGUAUAUAAGAAGCUACAGCCAGUUAGCUUAGCUUAGCAUAAAGACUGGAAACGGAUGGAAACAGCUAGCCUGGCUCUGUCCAAAGGUAACAAAAUCUGCAUACUAGUUCUAAAGCUCAAUCAUUAACACGUUACAUAUAUCUCUAUGUUAAAGGGCGGGUACAUUAUUUUUGUUUUGUUUUUUUUGUUUUUUGUAUCAUUCUGUAGUUCCCCAGUUGUGUUCCUUAUUUAUUCAAAUCCGAACAUUCACAUUUUGUACGUACGCUUUAGCGUCAAAAUGCUAUUUUCCCAAGCUCUUCCAAAAAACGCUUUCCUACGUGACCUGACAUAGGUUUCUGCAUUAUUAAUGUUACAUACAGUAACUUAGAUGACAGUUUACCUACACUGAAGCUAAGCUAAUGUACUGCUGUGGACGCCACGUUAGUUUGGAUCCGAAAGUCACGCUUCUCAUCUAACUCUCGGCAAGAAAGCAAAUAAGCGCAUUUUCCAAAAAUAAUUGAACUGUUCCUUUAAAGCAGACAGAGAAAGGCCUGGAUGAGCCCUCAGAUGUGUUUGGACUGAGCAGGUUUGAUUCAGGUCUGGUUAGCGUGAGAUCAGGGUCAGGUUCUUCUUAUUCAGGUUUUCGAAAGACGGGGGCUGUUUUGCUGCUCGACAGUCACACAUUCAGACAAACUAUUCUGUGUCUGCGAUUGGUGCAGAUUGUCUGUAAUAACGUCGGUAGUGUUACUAACACUGUCUGCACUGCUACAGUGUGAAUUCCCCCCCGUGGAAAGCCAUCCCUCCCCGGUGAAGGUCAGACGGAUUCUGCUGCUCAGAUGGCCAUUUCUCUAUGGCUUUAUCUUUUCUUUGUUUUCUUUAUUAACCCAUGUUCCUUAAGUUUAACUUUGCAUAUUGCACUGAAAUGAAUCUGCCUUGUUUUUAGCACAGUGUGCGAUGAUACUACUCCAGUGUGACCCAAUCCAGUAAUCACAGUUAUUAUACACGAUAAGAAAUCAGUGACACUGAUAACCUUGUUUUGGUAAAGCAAAGAAGAGGAAUGUGCUUGAAGCUACUUUAAUUACUCAAAACUGGUUUAUUGUGUUUAUGCAUUAGUUUGAGUUCUUCACUGAGAAUAGAGAGAUGCACUGACUUUAUUUAAAGCAGCAGUAGGCAGAAUGUUUUUGGCAUCAAUGGGCAAAAAAUCCAUAAUAACGUUUCAGCAUAAUUCAAGUGUUCUGAGAGAAAACUAGACUUCUGCAACUCCUCAUGGCU